ACACCCUCAACAAGAGCAGGAGGGAGAUACUUGCCAGUUGCCACUUUUUGUUCAAAAAAGAGCCUAAAAAAAGUAGACAAAAACUCUUUUGUGCGUCAUUACCUGUGCUUGUGCUUCAAUGGCGGAAGAGCAGGGACUAGAAGAAGGAGAACUACUCGAAGAAAACGAAGAAAAUCAAGGCAAAGUUGACGCCAUUGGUAAUCAACCUCAACAAUUCUCAUGGCCUGUAAUGAACUUCCACCUUCAACCUUACAGAACUUACCAUUAUUAUCGCCAGUUUCGCUCUCCAUCAAACUCUAACAACUUCCUCAAAUCCGCUAAAUGGUCACCGGAUGGUUCUUGCUUUCUUACAAGCUCUGAUGAUAACACGCUUCGUCUCUUCUCAUUGCCACAGAAUGGAAGUGAUUACUUGGCUGGAAACGAUUUUCCAGGUCUUGAUGAUGAUUCAUUCAAUGCCAACCUUGUCAUAAGUGAGGGAGAGUCUGUAUAUGACUACUGUUGGUACCCUUACAUGUCUGCUUCAGAUGUGACAAGCUGUGUAUUUGCAACUACUACCCGCGACCAUCCUAUUCAUCUUUUGGAUUCAACUACCGGUGAGCUACGUUGUACAUAUCGAGCUUAUGAUGCUAUGGAUGAAAUUACUUCUGCCUUUUCAAUUGCUUUCAACCCUACUGGAACCAAGAUAUUUGCUGGAUACAAUAAAACACUGAGGGUGUUUGAUAUACAUCGCCCUGGUAGAGAAUUUACUCAGCAUUCAACUCUUCAAGGAUCCAAGGAAGGGCAGUCUGGUAUCAUAUCCGCAAUUGCUUUUUCUCCAACUCAAUCUGGCAUGCUUGCUGCUGGUUCUUAUGACCAGACUACUGCAAUAUAUAGGGAAGACAAUUUGGAACUUCUGUAUGUCUUACAUGGACAAGAAGGUGGGAUUACGCAUGUACAGUUCUCAAAGGAUGGAAACUAUUUGUAUACAGGUGCUCGAAAGGAUCCAUAUAUCAUGUGCUGGGAUGUGCGCAACACUGUAGAAGUAGUGUACAAGUUGUAUAGAUCAACAGAACAUACGAAUCAGCGGAUAUCAUUUGACAUUGAGCCCAUCGGUCGACAUCUUGGAACAGGUGGACAGGAUGGUUUGGUGCACAUCUAUGAUUUGCAGACUGGGCAAUGGACAUCCAGUUUUGCUGCUGCAUCAGAUACAGUGAACGGUUUUUCAUUUCAUCCAUUCCUUCCAAUGGCUGUCACUUCAUCGGGGCAUCGAAGGUUUGGGUUACCUGAUGAUACAGAAGAUGUUACCCUAAGCAGUAAUGAGAACUGUGCUUCUGUUUGGGGCUUUUCGUACUCUUCAGCAGAAGAAAGCAUAACGAGCGUCAAUGGUGAAGAUUCAUCAGUUGCAAAAUCAGAAGAUGAGAAGCAGUAGAAAAGAGACGGCGAGACUGCCAUUUUCCGAGAGGCAUUAAAACAUUUACUGAUUGCACAAUAAUCAGAAAAUCAGCUGGCUUCGGUUCCAUCAUCCAAGUAAGAUAAUUAUUCUUACUCUGAUCACAAUGUGUGAACAUAUAGUAUCUAUAUAGAGACUUUACAAGUUUUGCUGGCUUUGUACGAUUCUUGUUUCUCUUACCUGCUAGAUAGCUAACGUUUGUUGAACCAUUGUUGCGAAACUGUUAGCAAACCUCGUUGAGGAUCAUUUGCAGUUCAAAUCGCUAUGAACAACAGUUUGUAUCAACGUUGAAUUACUUUUCAUCUAUGUUACUUGGACUCUUCAUUUUG